AUGAGUGUGGUGGCCCGCCAGCGGUCAGCAAAGCUGGCAUCAGAUUUGGAUGGAGAGCUGCCCCUCUCUCUCGCCGCCUGCACCAACCAGCUGAACAUCGUCAAGUUCCUGCUGGAGAAUCCUUACCAGCCGGCCAACAUCGCCGAGCAGGACUCGAUGGGCAACACCGUCCUCCACGCCCUGGUGGAGAUCGCCGACGACACUGACGACAACACCAAAUUUGUCACCAAGAUGUACAACGACGUGCUCAUCCUGGGGGCGAGUAUCAACCCCACCCUCCGUCUGGAGGAAGUUGCCAACCGCAGAGGGCUGACCCCGCUCACCCUGGCCGCCAAGACGGGGAAAAUACAGGUCUUCGCCUAUAUCCUUCGGCGGGAGAUGAAGGAGCCAGAAUGCCGUCACCUCUCUCGGAAAUUCACCGAGUGGGCCUACGGACCCGUCCACUCCUCACUUUACGACCUCUCCAGCAUCGACACCUGUGAGAAGAACUCUGUCUUGGAGAUCAUCGCUUACAGCAGUGAGACCCCGAAUCGCCACGAAAUGCUCCUGGUGGAACCCCUCAACCAGCUCCUGCAGGAUAAGUGGGACCGGUUUGUGAAACAUCUCUUCUACUUCAACUUCUUCAUCUACACGGUGCAUAUCCUCAUCCUCACCGUCGCGGCCUACUACCGACCUACCAAGAAAGAAGGAACGAUGAUGCUACGAGAUCUGGGACGUUUUAUCAUGGUUUAUCUACUCUUCCACCUGGGAUUUUCGACAGCGGUGGUGACCCUUAUUGAGGAAGACGAUGGGCGUCCAGAGACCUCUCCGCCGCCGGAUGUCUGCCCGUGUCCCGUGAAGGCCCGCCCAUCCUACAACAAUCUCUACACCACCUGCCUGGAGCUCUUCAAGUUCACCAUCGGGAUGGGCGACCUGGAGUUCACCGAGAACUACCGCUUCAAGUCCGUCUUCAUCAUCCUCUUGCUCUUCUACGUGGUCCUCACCUACAUCCUUCUCCUGAACAUGCUGAUCGCCCUCAUGGGAGAAACCGUCAACAGGAUCGCGCAGGAGAGCAAAAGUAUUUGGAAGCUGCAGCCUCCGUUCACUUUUCAUCACACGAGCAGUGAGUACUUCCGGGUCACCGGGGAAAUCCUGAGCGUGUUGGGAGGCGCCUACUUCUUCUUCCGAGGGAUCAAGUAUUUCCAGCAAAGGCGCCCGUCUCUGAAAGCCAUAUGUACCGAAUGCUACAGCGAGCUGCUUUUGUACGUCACUCAGAGACGUGCUUUGCUUUUGGGGGGGGGGGAGCGGGAUGAUGGGGGUCUCUGA